GGGUGGGUUCUGAUCACGUGGACAGAGGCAGAGGUGGCUAAACUUUGAAAGAGUUUCUGCUCGGAGGAGACCCGUCAUCAUUCAGUGAUUUCUCACUGAAGGCACCUGCAUGGUUUGAAAUCUCCCAUUCUCCCUCUCUCUCACCCUCUCUCUCUCUCUCUUUGUUCGCCUGUCUUACAGUUCUUAUUCGUGUGUGAUUAAAAAGUGAAGAAUAUAAGGAAAUCAAUCUUGGAAAAGGUGGGAAGACGCAGGAUUUCCUGAAGGUUUAAAAACCUCCGGAUUUGUUCUUGCGGCUGAGUCGCUCAACGAGUUCGCUUCGCAGUUGGUUUUUCACUAAUGCAAAAGUAGGAGCUGUUCGCCCUUUCCAUCCGCCAAUUUACCUCUUGAAGUGAAGGAGAGCUGCUGCAGGGGUGGAACGUUUUGUGAAUGUGAACAGGCUACAUCCCAGGCCCAGCAGGAUGCGGUUUCUAUCAGAGGUCAUGUGACUUGCCUGUGCUUGCAGAGUGAGCCAUACCAGGUCUAAGCAAGGUUACCUUCCAGCAUGGCACCUUUGCCGACUCUUCUCCUCCUCCUGUGUGCCGUCAGAAGCGCUUUGCUCUAUCAUCCCAUCUGGAAACCCAUAUGGCCGGUGUCCAAAGUGCCAGUGGUAUUGCCUCAGCUGACUGAACAUUUAGAUGCCCCAGAGUUCAAUGCCGAGGCCAAGCUUGAAGUAACAUCUCUAUGUGGCCCUGAAUGUCACAAGAGGGCAUCAGUGCCCAGCUACGAGGAGCUGAAGGAGCUCCUCUCCUAUGAGACUCUGUACUUCAAUGGGAGCUUGACCCAGACCAACGUUAGCAUCUACGGCCUGAACAUGGCAGAGCUGGCUAGGACCCAGGGAACCAAAGGGAGGUCACGGGCUAAGAGGCAAAUAUAUGGCCAUGACAGCAGGUUUAGCAUUUUUGGGAAGGACUUCUUGUUAAACUACCCGUUCUCCACUUCUGUUAAGGUCUCGACAGGUUGCACAGGGACUCUGGUGGCUGAUAGACAUGUCCUGACAGCUGCCCACUGCAUUCACGACGGGAAGAGCUAUGUCAAGGGGGCCAAGAAGCUGAAGGUGGGUUUCCUGAAGCCAAGGCAGAAAGAUGAGAGCAGCAACCAGACAAGGUCCCACCUCCCUGAGAAGAUGAAGUUCCAGUGGAUUCGGGUGAAGCGCACCCACGUCCCCAAGGGGUGGAUCAAGGGAAACGCCAAUGACAUCGGCAUGGAUUACGACUAUGCCUUGCUCGAGCUCAAAAAACCCCACAAGCGACGCUACAUGAAGAUCGGCGUGAGUCCAACGGCUAAACAGCUGCCAGCAGGGAGGAUCCAUUUCUCAGGCUAUGAUAAUGACCGCUGGGGAAAUCUGGUCUACCGUUUUUGUGAUGUACGAGAAGAAACCUACAACCUCCUCUAUCAACAAUGCGAUGCCCAGCCCGGGGCAAGUGGCUCUGGUGUGUAUGUGCGCAUGUGGAAGAGGGAGCACCGACGCUGGGAGCGCAGAAUAAUUGGCAUCUUCUCAGGGCAUCAGUGGGUGGAGCGUGAUGGCAUGCCGCAGGAUUUCAACGUGGCGGUUCGCAUCACCCCCCUGAAAUACGCACAGAUCUGUUACUGGAUAAAGGGCAAUUACGUGGACUGCCGGGAUGGAUAAAAUGAUAUACAUAAAUGAAGCAAAUACAUAAAUACAGCUGUGGCCAAAAGUUUUGCAUCACCUAGAAUUUUAGGAUCGAGACAUUAAUUUUUU